AUGGCACAAGACUCAACAGAUAUUAAAGAAACCAUUGGAGCUCUUGACGAUUAUGUUCUUCUGGGACGUAGUGGUGGAAACCACCGCAAAUCUCUUGUUGAAAAUAUCGAUGCAAGCCUUAAACGACUAGGCACUGGAUACGUUGAUCUCUUAUACGUUCACAUUUGGGAAUAUCGUACUCCGAUUGAGGAAGUAAUACGUUCUUUAGAUGAUGCGGUCAGAAGCGGCAAGGUACUCUAUGCCGCGAUUAGCGAUACACCAGCAUGGGUGAUUAGUCGUGCGAAUACAAUUGCUGAGCUUCGUGAAUCGGUUGCCAGCGCAAGAAAUACCGGUGAUAUGCGCGAUAUGCGAAAUAACUCAAUUAUGAGAUUAGGAAGCAGUGAAACAAAUUGGAAAAUCCUUGAUGAAGUUACAGCUAUUGCUGCUGAAAUCAAUAGAACUCCAGCUCAGGUUGCUUUAAAUUGGGUCGCACAAAAACCUGGCGUUACAUCAACUCUUGUUGGUGCUAGGACAAAAGCUCAAUUAAUUGAAAAUCUUAAGGCUCUUGAAUUCAAGUUGGAUGAUGUUUCAGCAUCAAAAGAUGUACCAUUUCCUUAUUCUUUAACAUUGAAUUUUGAAAAAUAUCUCGGUAAAGGAAUACAGAUUCCUGACAAGUAUAAGGCUUUGUUUAAUGCAUCGCAAAAGUCAGAAGAAAAAUAUUAG